AUUUUAAUGUGAAAUAACAGCAAUAUCUCAAUAAGCAGUGAAGUGCUUAUCAAGUGAACUGAAAUAACUGCUGACUUCUACAUUCCAUGGAUCCUUUGGGCGCUCCUUCCCAUUUUGUGGAUAUUAAUACUUUGCCAGGAUGGUCUGAUCAUCAUGAUGAAGACCAAUCAAACAGCUCUCCAUUACCAGUGGAAGGGGGGAAAGUUGAUGUCCGAUCACCCUUCCCAUAUAGAGAAGAGAUUAAUACAAAGAUAAUAUUAUGGAGAGGCGACGUAGCAUUGCUGAACUGCACAGCCAUAGUAAACACCAGCAAUGAGUCCCUCACAGAUAAGAAUCCAGUGUCCGAAAGUAUCUUCAUGCACGCAGGACCUGACCUAAGGGUUGAACUACAGAAACUUAAAGGUUGUCGGACAGGGGAAGCAAAGCUAACCAAGGGGUUUAACCUUGCUGCCCGCUUCAUCAUUCACACUGUGGGACCCAAAUAUAAAAGUCGAUACCGAACAGCAGCAGAGAGCUCAUUGUACAGCUGCUAUCGCAACAUCCUUCAAUUUGCAAAGGAGCAAGCAAUGUCCUCAGUGGGAUUCUGCGUGAUAAACACUGUGAAACGAGGUUAUCCUUUAGCAGAUGCUACUCACAUAGCAUUGCGUACAGUCCGACGAUUUUUAGAGAUUCAUGGAGAAACCCUUGAAAAAGUAGUGUUUGCUGUUUCUGAUCUUGAGGAGGUAAAUUAUCUUGUUCAUGUUU